AUGUGGUUUGCUCUGUGCGGUGCUCAGUCGGGUGAUGUCGGCAUGCGUGCGCUCUACGCGCGCUACCUUGAUCGUCACCUAGCGAGCCAACACUUUGCUCGGGGUCUGCCUAUGUCCGCGUGCCGCAGCGGUUGUCGCCCGCCCUCCUGUCGACCCGGCUCUGCCGAUCGCGCACAAGGUCAUAUGAAGAAAAAUUGCUAUAAAUGGCUCGAGGAGCAGGGUAAGAGCAAUUCUCAACCGAAAAAUAGUUCUCAACAGAAGAACAAGGGCAAGGGUGGUAAACUCUCAUCACUGUCUCAGGUUGAAUCACUGGGUGGAAGAAGAUAUUUUCUAACUUUCAUUGAUGAUGCUUCGCGAAAGGUGUGGGUAUAUUUCCUGAAUACGAAGGACCAGAUGUUCGAGUACUUCAAGUCAUUUCACGUCAUGGUGGAACGUGAAACAGGAAAGAAGCUGAAAUAUCUUCCAUCUGAUAAUGGAGGCGAGUAUACUUCCAAGGAGUUCAAUGCAUACAUAUGA